AUGUCAGCCUCUACUACUGUCAAACGAGCACGGGUAACGGCUAGAAUAGCAGAGGCAGAAAACACAAGUCUACCGACAUCUUCAGAAGUCACUCAACAGCUGCUGCAGCAGACUGAAGCAAAACGAAAACAGCUUGAUAAGAAAUGCAGUGAUUACGAGCAAAUUUGCAAGAAGACUGCAAAAUUGAAAUUGGAGACUAAACGAAUUGAAACGGAACAUCACAAUUUAGCGGCUCAAUAUGACGAAAUCGAUGAAACGUUUACCAAAAUCGAGCAUAACGCCGAGGCAAGCUUCUUAUUGCAACAACAAAAGAACAAUGAAAUGAAUGAGGCCGUGCAGAAAUGGUCGGCGCUGGAUGGAAAAGAGGAGAAACUGUAUGACGACUUGAUGCAUGAAGCGGAACUAGGAAGAAGUCUUCGAGAGAAGCAUGCCGAAGUAACCAAAAAUCUGAAUCACAUGGGAUCGGAUGCGGAAACAGAUGAAAGAGCGUUCCAACAAUUGGAAGCUGCAUUUGAUGCUAAUAUGAGAACAGAGAAGACUCUGGAGCAUUAUUUAACCCGAUUGAUUGAUGAUGUUUUUAUCAACCAAAGAAGAUUGGAGGAUAUACAGAUCGGAACAUCAAGAGGACGUGCAAAUUUCCGACAAGCUGAAAAGUCACUUCGAGACCAGCGUACAAGAAACAGGCGACUGAGUGCACAGAUUGCAAAAAACACGGAGUCAGAAUCGGAUCGUGUAUUCGAGGACGAGGACAGGGAUAAAAUGAGAGAGGUGCAAAAAUUGGACGAAAUGGAAAAGGCGUGGUUCACUCUUGAAGACAAAAUCCGUCUUAAAGAAUUUGAACUGGCUGAAGAGUCAGAAAAGGUGAAUCAUCAACUGGCAAUGCUCGAUAAACAACAGUCCAGAAAUUCGGCACGUGAAGAAAAACAAAAACAGCUGAGAAUAGCAAAAGAUUAUGCAGAUUUGCAAUCCCACACACCAAUGUAUGCCGCUUAUUCUGCAUCUUUGAGUUUGAACCAUAAUUUGAUUAAGAAACUGGAGAUUCCGGCCAGUCGAAACAGUAUUCUUAAGGAGCCAACAACAACAUACCGAAGUUCGCAAACAAGUGGAACCCCGAACCAAUUUGUUGAGUUUGAUGACGAAAUGGACGAUUUCCCAGAGUAUUCAAAAAUGAACGAGAGUCGGAGGAAGAUUCUGCGAGACACUGAAAACGAAGCUGAAAGAGUGCUAGGCAUCGAGCUAAAAGAACUCGAAGGAGUAGUUAGUGGACAAAGACAGGAGGGUCAAGCACUAGCCAAAGAUGUCAAGUGGCUGAAAGAAAACAUUCAGCUUCGUAAAGCAGAUGUGGAGUUUUAUACCACCAAGGCCGAGGAACUGAUCCAAAGAGCCCGCAAAGAGGAUCAAGACAAAUUGCAAUCCGCCCAGCAGAAAUCACAAAAAAGUUUCCCUCUGGAUUUGAUGGCAACUCGAGGUGAUGUUCUAGAGUUGCGCGAGAGGCGACUUAUUUUGGAGAACGAGCGUAACAUACUCGCUAAUCAGAUCAAAGAAAACAGUCUUGAAUGUGAUCGGCUCGAUGAACAGUGGAAGAUACUAAAAGGAUUCGCGAAGAGUGUGAACUUUGACAGUAUAAAACAGUUGGAUAUGGAAAUCGAGAACUGGAAAAUAAAAACUACUCAACUAGAUGAGCAAAUCGCCAAGCUUCAGAAAAUGGAAAACUAUGCUUCACUAGCAAAUGGUCAGCUUCGUAACAACCUUGCACUUUUGAAGCCAUAUGACGAGGAAUAUCAAGAGUUUGAGCAUUUGCUAGAAACUAAUAAAGUGCUUCAUCAACAAGUAGAAAGGCAAGAAUUCGAAAGAAGUGUGGAAGAACUGAAACAGAGUGGCGAUAUUGAUAUAGUGCUUUGA